AUGAAUCAGUUUGCUACCGCUGCGCCGUGGGCACAAGGUGCUGCAAAGUACCGCGGAAAGCGAUUGCUUCCACACGUCAUCGAUUACUUUGCGCAUCAGGAGCCUGAACGCGUCUUUGCUUGCAUCUCAAUGUCCAGUGAUGUUGCCGAUGGCUUUCGCGAUGUGACUAUGCAAGACAUGGCCGCAGCCGUGAAUCGGAUGGCCCGGUGCACGGAGCAGACCUUUCGUCGGGCUCUCCAUUUUCAUCCACGUCAGAAGGUCUUGGCCUACAUCGGCCCGUCGAAUCUGCGGCAUACUAUCCUUUUCAUGGCUGCGAUCAUGUGUGGCACCCAGAUCCUGUUUAUGUCACCAAGAAACACCUUGGAGCAGAACAAUGCUUUGCUAGAAAUAGCAAAGGUGGAUCUUGUCCUCUAUUGA